CAUAAAAAAAAUAUAUAAAUAUCACUGUCAAAAUUGAUUUCUGUUUUGAUUUCGUGAUUGCCCUCCAGUCAAAUCGGAUUAUUUUCGGUGUAUUGUUAUCUAACAUUUGGAAUUAAAUUGAAACUUUAAGACAAGAUGGGUUUAAUAAAAAAGACUACUGGUCUGACUGGGUUGGCCGUGGCUGCUAAUCCGCACCAUACACUUGGUGCACUUUAUGGCAAGAUUUUAAGAACACUACAGAAAAUGCCAGCGGAAGCAGUCUACAGAAGAUAUACUGAGCAAAUUGUACGUGAGAGAGCUGCUGUGCUAACACAGACCAAGGAUGUUUUUGAAAUCGAGCAGAAAAUCAAUUGUGGUCAAGCAGAGGAACUGAUCAUACAAGCUGAAAAUGAAUUAAAUCUUGCAAGAAAAAUGUUGAACUGGAAACCAUGGGAACCACUCAUUGCCAAACCUCCGAAGGGCCAGUGGGACUGGCCUCCAGCAAAGAAUUAACAUUAUUGUAAUUAUUUAAUUCAUCCAAAUUAUAGUAACUUUUGAUUUACUUAAUAAAAUAAAUAGUUGAUAUUACAUA